AUGUCCGCCCCGUGGGCUAACGUCCUCAAGCAGUCCUCCGGCUCGCCGGCAAGUGCAGGAGACGAGAAAAAGAAUUCGGGACAAGCUGCUCAAAAUUCCGCUCAUCAAACAAAACACAACCAAGAGCAACAAGGGACGAAAAAAGAGAAAGAUGAUAACAACAUCAUCGGAGGACAAGCUGUCUCGCUGAGCGCAGCGGAAAGGAAACCAGAGGAAGAGAAGCAAAAAGAAUCGGGUUCGAACGAAGGCCAAUCGACCGCGACGACUGUUGGGAGCAUGGCGGCUGCAGCCGUGACAUCGUUCGCGUCCUUGUUCGGAGGCGGGAAGAAGAAAGUUGAGGAUACGUUAAAUGAUACGAUUGAAACAACGUCCUCGCAACAAGACAACAACAACAACAACAGUUCCAACAACAACAAUUCCAACAAAGCUUCCUCGGGGGGUUCAAACAAUAACAAUAACAAUAAAUCUUCGGGCAAAAAGAAGAAGAAUAAAAAUAACAACGAUAGCAAUAGCGCUAAUAAUAAAGACUCGUCCGAGAACAAGAAAGAAGGCGGAGAUAAGAAGGAGAAACCGGUGAACUUAGUGCCGGCGGAAGCCCCUUCAAAACCGGCGUGGGGAGGAGCGAAACUCGGGGGAGGGACGCCCGGGUCGAGUCCGACUGCGGCGGUCGCGGAAACUGUGGUGUGGCCGUCAUUAGGAGAUGAAACCGCGGUGCCUACUGGCGCAGAGAGCGAGUUAUUGAGAGCAGCAGCGGCGGAGAACGGAACGAAAGGCGCUUCAAACUCGAAUUCGAAAAAGAAUCAGAAAUCAACCGAGGACGGCGCGAAUGCGACGCCGAAAGAUGCAAAUAAUAACAGCAACAGCGAAAAUAGCGAAGCAAACAAAAACAAAAACAAAAACAAAAACAACCAAAGCAACAGCAAUAACAACAGCAAUAACAAUAACAAUAAUACCAAUCCGAAUGCGAACAGCAACAACAACACCAAUAACAACAAUCGACCGGCGAAUGCGCCCGCGGGCGGAAGAACCGGCCCGGGCGGAAGAACCGGCCCAGGCAGAGGCGGCGGUGUGGAUACGAACAUUAAAGCCCGAGGACGAGGACGAACUGGAGGUGGUGGUAGACACAGUCGAAACGGUUCUGUAGGAUCCAUCGGGUCAGAUCACAGCGGCGAAUAUGCAUACGGUAGCGGGGGUAGAGGAAGAGGAGGAGGAGGCAGAGGAGGCGGCGACAACGAUAACUCUGGUAGAGGAAGAGGCGGCAGAGGGCGAGGAAGUAUUAACAACGGUGGAAGAGGAUUUAACCAACAGCCAUACAACGUUGGCUACAUGCCCCAAGGGUAUCCCUUGCGGGGAAGGGGUAUGCCGCCGCAAAGUUAUGGAUAUUAUCCACAGAAUAUGGCAGCCCCGGUAGCGACUAGAGCUCAGGUUUUGGCGGCGUUGAAGCGACAAGUUGAAUACUACUUCUCGGUCGAUAACUUAUGCCGCGACUUAUUCCUUAGACAAAAAAUGGACCCGACGGAAGGUUGGAUUGCUCUCUCUGUGAUUGGCGCCUUCAACAGAGUGCGCAUGCUUACUCCUGAUCCGACUGCGUUAUCGGAAGCGUUGCAAGGGUCGACGGUGAUUGAAUUUAACGAGGCUAAGGAUGCGAUUCGAGUCGGUGGCGAUCAAUGGCGAAACUGGUUGUUAUCUGCCGAUGGAUCAGCGAGCGUGCCGCAAUCAGCAGAUAGCAACGCGGCAGCAGUAGAAUCUGCGACUUCAGCACCGACAAAGGCGGACGAUUUCGAGAUGGACGAAGACUUUGGCGAUAACAAUAACAACGAGUCCGACGACGAAAAUACCGACGACGAAUACGAAGAGGAUGAUAUGAACGACGCUGAUGUUGGCCGACUUAUGAUUGUCACUCAGAAGGGAGCCCGUCACGGGCCGGGAAGUACCGCGGGGAGUUCUGCAGCGAGACCGAUUACUGGGUCAGGCGCGACGCCGGCAAUGUCGACACCGGUGAAAAAUUCUGUCACUGGCUCGUGGAAGAAAGAUACGGCGAACUUUUUCCCUUCAUCGCUUCCUAAAGAUGGACAGUCGCAACGCGAAGACAUUGGCUGGUUGAUGGGUUCGUUUUCUCCAAAAAUUGGCUCUCAAAUGCAUCAAGCUGCGCAGCAAAGAAGAUCAGCAGACUCGCCUUCUCAUGUGUCGCACGCUUUGUUAGAAGAGAAUGGCUUUAAGCAGCAAAAGUAUAAAGCUUUCCACGAGCGUUGCAUCGAGGAACGUAAGCGAGUUGGUUGUGGUCAAUCAGAAGAAAUGAACACUUUGUUUCGAUUUUGGAGUUACUUUUUGAGGCAAACUUUCAACGUGAAGAUGUACAAAGAGUUCUGCCGCCUCGCGGAGGAAGACGCCCGAGCAAACCACCACUACGGGUUGCAAUGCUUGUUCAGAUUCUAUUCCUACGGUUUAGAAGCACGUUUUCGAACUGCGAUAUAUCGUGAUUUUGAAGAGUAUGCGUUAAGAGAUUACGAAAGUGGAUCGCUCUACGGCUUGGAAAAGUUUUGGGCUUUCCAUUUUUACUACAAAGGCCCAGAGAAACCAACCAUGAGAGACGACUUGAAAGAGAUCAUGGAAACCAAGUUCAAAACGUUGGAGGACUUUAAGAGAGAAAGAGCAAAGAAGAAAAUUGAGGUGUGA